AAUUUUAAGACAAACGUAAUCACUCUAAGAUUGGGACGCCCUCUCUGAACAGUGGGAAAAUUUCCCAAUGGAUGGAUCGUCUGCAUCAGACGCAGCUCUUUCAGCCUAUUUUUCACUACCGAUUUCUUCACUUUCUGGAUUACGGUGCAUGCCUUUUUAUGCCAUGCCUGUGGCGGCCUCUGGUGUUCGUCAGAAUCAACGUUUUACCUCUGCAGACGAUAAAGAUCCUCCUGUCGAUAUACAAUCAUUGCUACCUAAUGGAUUAGGAGAAGACCCUCGUCAAUGGAAUAAAGAUGAAGUAAUGCAAUGGUUGGAUUGGAUGACAGAACAACUGUCGUUACCAGCAAGUGACCCAGAACAUUUUCAUAUGAAUG